AUGAGAUCCUUUGACCUUUUCUUGCUUGUCUUGGCCAUCGUCUUCGCCUCUAGCACUGGGAAGAGCAUUCCCACUACCACAGCGACUUUGACGGAUAAGCAAACUAUACAAGCUGAAUCUGGAUUUAGCAUCGAAUCUGGGUAUAGCGUCGAGAUCACUCAAAGUUUUGAGGUUACUUUCUCUACUAUAACCAACUACAAUGCUACUAUUCAAACUGCCUGUCGACAAGGAUCAGUUGCAAGUGUUUUAGGUGCUUUUAAUGAAAUACAUACUGCUAUGAAUCGAUUAAGCAAAAAUUUCGUGAUCUCCCUUGUUUUAUCUCGUCAAGCUGCUGUUUCUUGUGCUUCAAGAUACACAGAACUUUUAAUGCAAUUUCAAUUAUUGAUCCGAACAGUAUCUGAUUACCCAAUGAUGAUCAUGGCUUGUCAACCACUUAUGUUAAGAUACUCAAGACAAUUUCAAAUGAUGAAUUCAUAUUUCUCUCGUUGUGGUAUAAAUAUGAAUUCUUUAUUACAAAAGCAAGUUGGAUUUGAUGCUCGAAUUUGGUUAAAGUUUGGUAUAAGUUUUGAAGCUGGUUUAGGAUUUUGA